AUGGAAGGCGCAGAGGAAGAAUUGGAGAGGAGGAGCAAGUUCUUGAACAGUUUGAUACAGAAGAAGGAUGUUGAGCACAAAAAUCAGAAUAAUCAUACGAAUGUGCGUGUGAGGGCUUCAGAUAUGCCUUUGUCUUUGCAAAAUCAUGCAUUUAAGAUUUCCAGAGAUUAUCUUGAUUCAAUAGCUUCUGGGAAGCUUGACAGUAAACUCCUUGCUCUUGCACUCAAGAAGGAGUUCGACUCAACUUAUGGUCCAGCUUGGCAUUGCAUUGUGGGAACUAGCUUCGGUUCAUAUGUUACCCAUUCUCCCGGAGGAUUUUUGUAUUUUUCAAUGGAUAAGGUCCACAUUCUUCUAUUCAAGAUUGCUAUUGAACCUUUGACCAUACAUCGUGGAUUCUCAAAUGGUGUUUCCUGUAAAGGUCAGAAUGGAGCAGAAGCCUCAAAUGCUGGUAAGAGACUGAAAUUGGGUACCCAAGGCAUGGAGCUCUCCUUUAUCCGACGAGACUACACCCAGAAAUUUAAGGAAAUCCUGAAGGAGUACAUGAAGGAAAUGGAAUCGCAAAGGCUCGAAAAAUUGCGCAAAGACGAGGCCAAAAAAGAGAAGUUCAGGCACGAGAUCGAGGACCUCAAGGCCAAGACGCAUAUGGAUGAUAUCCCAAAUCUAUUGUCUUUUGUGACGAGGUUAGUUCAACGAGAAGACAUCUCAUUGGAGAAUAUUAAUACCUCCCCAAAACCUAAAGACGUGGAAAUCAUGAAAUUAUCAGAUAGCAACACUGAUAUUGAAGCGCACCAAGAUAUUUCUAUUGCCAACAUGAAUUCUUGA